GCUUGCCUAUCACACACAUUCCUCCAGUGUCAAGAAGUCAUCCUUGGAGGUCACACAUGUCUCAAUCCUGCCUGUUGAUGUCCUUAAUGAGGGAGUCGUGUCUACACUGAAACAAAGUUUCCCAGAUGUGACUGAGGUUCAUAUGGCAAACAAUGUGUCUAGCUUGGGUAUACGUUACUGCGAGGGGAUGAUUAUUGUACACGGAUCUGCAGAUGGACUGCCUAAAUUCCAUGAGAUCAUUAAACUUUGCAUUGUUAAGGAGAAGUUGUGUUUUCUGGUAAAAGACGCAUGUGCUUGGUACAGAGAGCAUUAUGGUGCUUUUGAGCUGUCUGCCUCGCCCAAUACAGAGGUUGCCGUUAUUGAGCUUGCUGACUUGGUAGACCCCUAUCCCCUUGUUGACUACAUGGUUGGGAGUUUGCGCAUGGUAAUGUUGAAAAGAUUCAUCAUUGUUAAAGGUGAGUAUCAUUUUUAAACCUAAAUAGUCUGAGCUCUGGAUAGCAGGCUCUGACAAAAACUGUAAAACCAUUUUUAUGUUCAUCUUUGAUAUAAUCCUAAUGUGUUUCUUUCACCUUGUUUCUGCUCUAGAUUAAAAGGUGUUCCAUAAUGGCAGGUCGGGCGCUUCUGCGCAUCAUCUUUGCCGACCAGUCUGACUCUAGAAAACUGACCCUGGAUUCGGGAAUCCCAGCAACAGUUGAAGAACUGCACACAUUUGUCAAGACAUCUCUUCAAUUGAAAGAGGACUUCCGUCUGCAAUACAUGGAUGUUGACUUUAACGAGUUCAUGAAUCUUACAUCAGUGUCUGAAAUUCAGGAUAAAAGCACACUGAAAGUAAUUUACUCUCCUAUAUUGUCAAAUAUUGAGCCCUCCAUCACUUUGUACACAGUUGACUCAUUUGAUAAGACCUCAAUUACUGGAAGCUCAGAGCCUCUAAUCCCUGAAUCAUCAAUAGCCUCAUGCUGCAGUGAUGAUAUGGUGUAUACGUCAACCCCGCAUCCAUCCCCUGAAGCUCAGGCCUCACAAUUGUUAUCCUGGCCCACAGUUUUUGUGGUUCCUAAGCUCACCUACGAGGCUGAAUUUGAGCUUCAUCUAAAGAAUGCAGAGUUUGAGACAACUGGUACAUACUUCCAGCCUGGCCUAAAGCUGAAAGGAGUCAUUCUUGAUGGCCUAGCCCAAGAAAUGAUCAAAUUCACAAAAUAUCCGAAAGACUAUCAGUGUGAAGAGGUAGCUGCAGCGUUGACGAGGGCCCACCCUUGUUUGGGGCAGCUAGGAUCCAAGACAGGAUUUGGGGGGUGGAAACAGUCUCUUAAGUACAAAAUGCAAAACUAUCGUACAAAGCUUGGCCGUCUUGGACAUCCUGAAAUCCUUGUGAACUCCUUAAAGCACAAGAAAACAGGCCAAGGCAAAGCUGCAGCAAACAUAAAAAAACCAAGAAAAGCUGAAGUAAACUACAUUCCUCUGCACCCAAAAGGCGAAACCACAGAAAGCUUGGAGAACGAGAGAAUUGCCUUAUUGUCAGAACUGAAAAAGCGUGACAAUGAAGUGGUGAUAAAAGCAAAAAUGGAAAAAACCUUCUCCCACAGACGCCUUGAGAUUGUGGAGCAAAGGCCUUUGAUAGGGGACUUCAAAUGCAGAUGGCCUGCUCUGUUUCAGCAGAGUGAAGUGAAUGCGGAGUUUUUGAGGAUCACAACAUCACCACUUCAAUCAAAGUUCAUGUGGCAGCUGGACCACUUCUCAGACAAGCUCUUGAAGAUCUUCAAGACCAAAGGAGGAGUGAAGGGGCACAAAAUCAAGGAAGCCCUUGCAAUAUCAGAUUCGUUUGAAAACAUCCACAUCAAGAGGGGGUGCAUCCUGCGAAGCAUCGCGAUCUACCUCAACGAGGAUCCAGACUCUUUUUUUAAGGAGUAUCAGGCCUCUGCCUCUGAAGAUGCCAAGAGGGACAUGGCAAACACAGUCAUGGGCAUAUACACACUUCAAAGAGAUGUGGAUGGGCAGCCAGAGGACGUGGGAAUUGUCAUCGAAGGCAAUAUAGUCAUGGACAACUUGGGCAGCGUGAUUGUGGGGUUUGUCAUGCUAUUGGGACUUAUUUAUGCCCUGGAUUUGAGCUUUCCGGACAACCUCAAACACACCUUCGAGUUCAUGCAGAAGGUAGUGAUGAAUCUGGAUGGGCACAAGCUGAAUGGUAAAAUCGAAAGUCUGAAGAUCAAGUUGUUCGAUUGAAAUGUGAAAAAGAAGUGACUCAUGAGUUCAUUGUUGUCAUUUAUUCACGAGUUUCCUAGUCAGAGCAGAUUGAGCCGUUAUAUCAAUCAUUUGUUCUGUGCUUUUCUGUAUUUGUUUCAACACACUGUAACACUAUUUCCAUAUGUUGGUGUUUGCAGUGCACUCUUUAUGUUAUGUGUUAUUGUCCUGUUAGAAGAGCAGUGCAUACCCCUGUUAUAUUGUAUUCAUUGUAUUUGGCAAAGGGAGAUUUGUAAGUUAAUUAUAGGAGUUCCAUUUCUCUGCCAUUUUAAAAAUGGUAUUAUCUUUCAGAAAUGUUUUUCAUCUUUCAGUGUGAAUUCAUUCAUUUUAAAAAGACUGUAUUGAAUGGAGGAUUGUUUUGAAUAAUGUGAAUUUAAAAAUAAAAAAAACUAAACCAUGUUUUCUAUCAUGUGUAACACAUUUUUAUUAAAUUAUAUUU